GAAAAUUCAAUAUUGCCACGGAGGGAGCGAGUUGCCUGGAUUGGAGUAAAGCGAGAGCGGGAUCGGCUGGCAAAGGCAGAACAAAGGGCUACGAUCAGAAAUAAAUAAAGUUGGAGGAGAAGUUGUGCAGAGAGCGAAAAGCAGAGGCCUUACUUGCAAAAAAAAAUUCACCGAGAAUGGCCGCCGCUACCGUGAGGGGGGCGUCGAAUUCGAUAGUCCCCAGAAAUGAAUGUCUCACUCAAAAGGCUCGACCCAUAAAGCCAACUGUGGCCAACAAAGAAAACCAUCCAAGAUUAGUGAGGCCAGAGAAAGCUGAUAUGAGUGGCAGUAGACUACCAAUACCAGUGAAAAAGUUGAAAAUAAAAUCUGUUCCAGACUUCAAAAAGUUGCAUCAAAAUUGGGAUCAAAAAUUCCAGAAGAAACAAGCAAUUGCCAAAAAGGCCUGCACGCAGCCAGUUCCGUUUAACUUUGGAACAUCCAGAGGAUCCAAGUCAACUCUGUUGAUGAGCACAGAUCAAAAUAUACAAGUGAUUUCUGUGGUAACCAGGAAAGAGUCAGCUGAAUCCGAGGAAAGUUAUCCAGUUCAUGCCAAGUGUGUGAUGGCAGCUAAAGAUCAGGCUGCAGUUGAAUCAAAACCAACCCAGAACCCAGCUCACCAAGAGUGCAGAGACUUGGCUCCUAGCAUUGCAACCCUGAAACUUGACCAAAGUGAGGUGGUGAACAAAGAAAAUUACUUUGUUCCUUGGCAGGCAAAUGCCACUCCAAGUAAAACUAAGAGCUUCUACAUCCAGAGCUCAGCACCUGAGAUCAAACUGCCUUCGCCACCAGAAAAAGCAAAAAUAGAGAUCGUACAGAAUGAGAACAUUAAACCAAAUACAGGCAAUAGUGAUGAAGAUUUUGAGAGUAAUCCAAUGGCUCUGCAGAGCAUCCUAUCGAAUGUUGGAAUUAAUGCUUUUAAUGUUAUCAGUGGCAAACUCAGCCUGGCACACACACUAUCUAUGAAAACGAAUAUCCAAAAUUAUAAGCCGUCUAACCUAAAUCCAGGUAAUAACGAUGGUAUGGCACUGCGGAAUGCCCCAUCGACUCUUGAUGACGAGAAUACUUUCAGCAACCCCUCUGGCAAACCUAGCAUGGCAAUGCGAGCCCCUGUGAAGGACAAUGCACUUCAUUGCAAGUAUCCUGCGCAAAGCCCAUAUGUGAUGGGAAGAUCGUCAUACAUGCCCUGCAAUCGUCCCACUCUACCCCUUGCCUGGGGCCGUGCCUCCUGCAUUGCUAAACUGGGUACCAGAGGCACAGGUACUGAAAUAAGUUCUCCAAGCAGCAUUCUUCAGCCAAUCAAACUGUAUAACCAAGUUAGCAGUAGACAGCAUUUCUCAGCCCAGAAAUCAGCCAGAUGUAAACCUGAUGGCCUGGACUUCAACUUGAUGGAUAGAGCUUGUGAAUCCAAUAGUUCUGUUGCUUCCACAUUUGUUUCUGCUGGAGGUCCUGGCACUUUGAAACCAGAUGCCAAAGAUCUAGAAAUGCAAACACCCAACAGAGUGUUACGACCACCUAACCAUCACUUCAGCAGUACUCGGGCUCCAUCAUCUCAAAACCUAUGGCAUCCAAGAUAUAUGCCAGCUCCCCCAACAAGUGUGGUUUCCACUUACAAACCUGUGAAUUGGUCAAAUGUUCACUCUCUUAAGAGCAAAACAAAUGAAGAUAGUGCCUUGAACCAUGUAAAGGAUGGUGAAUAUCUGCCAAUGGAUCAGAUAGUACUUCGUCUUUUUAAUGAUUCAGAAGAUCCAAAUGAAGUAGAGAAAGCAACAGAGACGCCAAGCUUAAAGGAAGAAUUGGAAAGACCAAAGUCCAAGCAGGAUCCGAGCCUGGUUGAUUUAAAACUGGUAAAGCUAAAGAACAUUGAACUUCUUUCACAACAGCUUCAGAAAGAGAUGCAGGAGGUAAAGGUGAUUGAAGAGACGCUCAUAGAAAAUGGCUGUGAAGCAAAUGCACCUGUCUUCCUGGAAGAACAUCCCAAUUUGGCUGGUGCUGUCUUGAAAAGCAGACCAAUUGCCACAGCCUUGAAACAGCAAGAAGCUGAAGAACGUGUUCUUCCUUCACAUUGUACAGCCCUGACUUCCAAGCCAGCACUUAAGCCUGUGGACUGUUCAAUACAGACUAACAGUGUUUCUGGAGCUGCAAAUAGUUUUCCUACCAUUGCCUGCCAGUCCAAGAUGUUGCUUCCUUCUACUGAGCUGGCUUUGAAUAUGAUGGACACAUUGCCCACACCCAUUUUCCAUAGCUCUUCACGCUUGUACACAACUGCCCAAGGGUUGAAAUUCCAAUCCCCUUUUUGUAGUGGAAGCAGAGACAGAAGUACCCUGCUCUGGGCCAGCAUGAAGCAGAGGUUUAGCCAGGUUCUUCCUGGAUGUCGAAAACCUUCCCAGGAGGCAUUUUUGGACGAAGAGGUUUCCUGCUGUCUUGCCCGUGCCUUCCAGUCACCUGAGAUGAGAAUAAAUAGGGAAAGAAACUGCACCAAUCCAGUAGCCAAGAUACUUGAGCAACAAGAAGUUAUGCACUUUGUCCCAAUCGAGCUGCAUCACCAGCCAGAAGUGUCUCCAACAAUUCCUGUUGUCUAUUUAUGAGGAGCAAACAAGGCUUACCCCCGUUGUUAUGAAGUUCAGUAUUUUCGUUCCUUUUCUUCAUCUGUAU